AUGACAAAUACAACAACUAUUCAGGAUUUGUAUGAAUGUAUGGUCAGUGCAAUUGAAGAAAGUGCAUUAUCAUGGAACAGAUUGACAAGCAUAGCAACAGGUGGCGCCCGGGCAUUACGUGGGGAAAAUGUGGACAUAGUUAAACUUCUGGAAGACAAAAUUAGAAAAGACAAUCCUAACCAAGCCUUCUUGCCUUUCCACUGCAUUUUGCACCAAGAAAUUCUGUGUAAAUCUGGACUUAACUUGAAGCACGUGGUGGAUCCAGUAGUAAGUGUAGUGAGCACCAUGAGGGCAAGAACACUCAAUCACAGAAAAUUUAAAUCCCUACGUAGGACAUGGAGGUUGAGCAUGGGGAAGUUCUCUACCACAACAAUGUACAAUCCUCAGUCUUGGCAAAGUGCUGAAGCGACUGACGUUUUUGAAAAGUUGAAUGAGCUAAAUGUGAAAAUGCAGGGAAAGGAACCUCUGGCUCAUGAAAUGUAUAAGCAUGUCAAAUCUUUUCAAGCAAAAUCAUCUUUGUUUUCAAGGCAAGCAAGUGAGUCCAAGUUCACCCAUUUUUCAUUGUUGGGAAAGGAGAAAGUGCCUGUGAAUGUGUGCUCAAAAAUUAAGGAUCAGUUGAAAAGUUUGACUGAAGAGUUCGAAAGAAGGUUUGAGGAUUUCAGACAGAAUGAUCUUAAAUUCAACUUACUGACUUCUCCUUUCUCUGCUGAUGUUGAUGCAGCAUCUGAUGAACUACAGCUUGAAUUGAUAGACAUUCAGUCUGAUCAUUCAUUGAAGGAAACGUUUCACUCCCUACCAUUAGUAGAGUUUUACAAGUUAUUCUCUGUCAAAUGCUCUCCAUUCGUAAGAAAUUUUGCUGCCAGAUAA